UAAGAACGUUUGUAAAGUAGACAUGGACACCUAGACACAUGUCUUUUGGUCAUGGCGAGCGGUAACGAAGAGGAGAAGAAGGAGCAAUCCACAUCCAAGACAAGGAUCUUAAUCGCUGUGAGUCACUCAUCGAUCAAGGGCUAUCCCCACGCAUCGAUCAGCAGCGACACAGCUUUCCACUGGGUGCUCGACAAGCUCGUCAAGCCCACCUCCUCCUCCAUUGGCCAUCGCCGCGAGGAUUUCGAGCUUAGCAUCCUCCACAUCCAGGUCCCCGACGAAGAUGGGCCGGACGACGAUCUCGACAGCGUGUAUGAAUCCGCCAGUGACUUCCACAGCAUGAAGGAGCGGGAGCUCACGCGGGGGUUGCAUUUGCUGGAGCAUUUCGUUCGGAUUUGCGACGAUGCAAAGAUCCCCUGUAAAGCUUGGAUCAAAGCAGGCGAUCCCAAGGAGCUCAUCUGCAAAGAGGCUGCCAAGCUCCAGCCGGACAUGCUAGUGCUUGGCAGCAGAGGUCUCAAAACGAUGCAAAGGAUGUUUGUUGGUACCGUGAGCCUCUAUUGUACCACCCAUGCAACGUGCCCCGUGCUAGUGAUCAAGAGAAAGCCACAGGACACGCCAGAUGAUCCUAUGGAUGACUAGAUGAUCCAAACAAAGUGGACUAUGAUCGUUUGCUGUUAUUCAACCAAAGCACAAUAAAACAAUGUGAAAAAACAAAAAGAA